GCAGCUGGAAGACUGGCAUUCGGCAGAGCGUGGAAGGAGAAAUGACCGACAGUGACCUCGCUCUGUGUGCGCUUUAGUGGAUGGCGCAUUGUUUUCUGUCGCUUGCACAGCAGCAGAUGAAUACUUCAUCAGUAACCUUGAGCUUCCAGCGUGUGAUGCAUGCAAACCUUGAGUUAAAUUCUCGACAUACAAACACGGAGGAGUGCAGGGCUGCGUGGUGUUUUUUUUUCUCUCUCUCAAUUCUCCGUUCACCUCUCGCUUUAAAUUAUGGAAAAAGCAAAAUCCAUACUUGAUCAGAAGACAUCACCUCCGUGCUAUAUAAAUGGAGUACAGAAUGGAUUCCACACGCAGCCUCACAGCAAUGGAACCUACGGCGCCAGUGGCCUGGGAAGUACAGAAAAUUUCCACCAUCUUCAUCAGGAAUCGCAAAGCCAUGGAUCCCCUGCAAAGAAAUGCAGACUCAGAAGACGAAUGGAUUCAGGCAAAAGAAACCGACCGCCCUUUCCUUGGUUUGGGAUGGACAUUGGCGGGACCCUUGUGAAGCUAGUUUAUUUUGAACCAAAAGAUAUCACUGCUGAGGAAGAGCAGGAAGAGGUGGAGAAUCUCAAGAGCAUUAGGAAGUAUCUGACAUCUAACACAGCCUAUGGAAAGACUGGCAUUCGAGAUGUUCAUCUAGAAUUGAAGAAUCUAACCAUGUGUGGCCGAAAGGGCAACCUGCACUUUAUUCGCUUUCCUACCCAAGCAAUGCACAGAUUCAUCCAAAUGGGCAGAGACAAGAACUUCUCCAGCCUUCACACAACACUCUGCGCCACAGGUGGAGGGGCUUACAAGUUUGAGGAGGACUUUCGUACUAUGGCAGACUUGCAAUUGCAAAAACUUGAUGAACUAGACUGUUUGAUACAAGGCCUACUGUACGUGGAUUCUGUUCAUUUUAAUGGACAACCAGAAUGUUACUUUUUCGAAAACCCCUCUGACCCUCAGAAUUGUUUGAAGAGGCCAUGCUGUCUUGACAACCCAUUCCCAAUGCUCCUUGUGAACAUAGGAUCAGGGGUCAGCAUCUUGGCAGUUCAUUCCAAGGACAAUUAUAAACGAGUGACAGGGACCAGUCUUGGAGGAGGAACAUUCCUGGGAUUGUGCUGCUUACUAACUGGCUGUGAGACAUUUGAAGAAGCUUUGGAGAUGGCAGCCAAGGGUGACAGUACUAAUGUGGAUAAACUUGUGAGGGACAUCUAUGGUGGAGAUUAUGAGCGUUUUGGACUUCAGGGCUCUGCUGUUGCAUCCAGUUUUGGUCACAUGAUGAGCAAGGAAAAACGUGAUACAAUCAGCAAGGAAGAUCUUGCAAGAGCAACGCUUGUAACCAUCACUAACAACAUUGGCUCCAUUGCUCGGAUGUGUGCUGUAAAUGAGAAAAUAGACCGGAUUGUCUUUGUUGGGAAUUUCCUUCGAAUCAAUAUGGUAUCCACCAAAUUACUAGCAUAUGCAAUGGAUUUUUGGUCGAAGGGACAACUAAAAGCUCUGUUUCUGGAACAUGAGGGAUAUUUUGGAGCUGUUGGAGCUCUUUUAGAGCUAUUGAAGAUGACUGAUGACCUCUGAGCCAGAACGUGGAACAGCAUCCAACUAACCUGUACAUGAAUAAGCUGCUUAUAGACUUAAGAAAGCCGCAUCCCCUGGCAGGAAAGGGCAUUUUUGUACUUUCAAUGUGUAAAUAUUGUUAAUUAUUUUAGAUAGUUAAUCUAAGUAUAAAUCUUUUUAUCAUAUGGUGCAAAUAAGUUGAAAUGAGAUAACUUCAAGAAUUUGAAGCUAGUUCUUUUAACUGUUAUCUAUAUAUACAUAUGUAAGUAUAUGUAUAUAUUUGUAAUUUGUUUCACACACGUAGAAGUGUGUGUGAAUGUUGAUUAUGACAACUGUCUUUUACCUUUUGCUUUUUUAAUUGUUAAUUAUGUCGGUGCACUAAAGCCAAAAUCAUCUACUGACUUUUUAAAGAGCCAAAUGUUAUUAUAUUGUGCUAGAAAUAGAGUACUUGUCUUGUAAAUAAGGAAAAAUCCCAGGGGAAUGGACCUGUUUUCUUCUUGAAUCUUUUUUCUAAUGUCUUGCGGUUUUGCACGUAUGCACUUUCUGUUUGCCGACUCUCCCAUAGCAUGCAUCGUGUAUGUCAAGCAGAGCCAUUGUAGAAGGGGGAAAAAACAGCUCUAGAUCUGUUGCUGGUAUUCAUCUACACUGUGAACUAAUACUGCCUUGAGAAUGCAUAAAAGGCUAGGCUUUAUUGUAGCGAUUACAAAAUCUUAUACACCAACAAUUUGAGUAGGACUCUUUCAGUAACAGUGACCUUUCCUUUGUUGGUAUUAAAGUAAUCACGGGUAUUUCCUGUGCCACAUUUGCUUGAAUAUGUGAUUUCAUUCAUUUUAUCAAAUUUAGUGGAAAUCAAAUGAGAUUUGCAUUGUGAGGCUUGUUUUAUCAAUAAUGCAUAAUAAUUUUAGGUAACUCCUUAAUAUGCAGUAGUGGCUUCUUAUGAGUAAUGAAACAUGCAGAUGGCAAAAUGUCCAGAAAUAAGAGAGUAACUUAUUUAGGUAAAGGGGAAGUGUUAGCUUUGGCAUCUGAGUUAGAACAUUGCUGGGCUGAAACUGAAAAUUUACAAGGGUCAUCCAGGAAAAAUAUAAGGCAUAAUUGUAGCUUUGCUUUUAUUAUUAUAAAGUAUUUGUUUCUCUUGAGCUUAUUAAAAGUUGGAAUCCCCCUCCAAUUUAUUUCAUCCUGCUAGUAUUUGUAAUACGCUAAUCACACCUUUGAGCAACUUUAUUGUUAUUUAUUUAUUUAUUUUAUUUUUAUAAAUAACCCUAACCUGAAGGGAGAUGGAGAGUUGUCUCUAGUUUUUUUAAAGACGUAGCUAUAUGUGCACGAACUCCUUUGCUUAAAAUGUAUUGACCCUUCCACUUUCUCAUAUGCUAAGAUGACACAUAGUCAGUUAACAUUCCCUGUUUAAAGUGUAAUUUCAAAAGGGAUGAAUUCAUGACUUGUACCUUUUGAGGAGUGAAGUGAUAUUCUGACUUUUGACUUUUGACCGAAAAUGGUCUAAGGGAUCAGAAACGUUUUCUUGAUGAGAAAAAAAAACAUGUGCGCCCCUCGGUCAUUUCCUUCUUCUAACACAUCUGCACAGUCUCCUAAUUUUGCAAACAUUAAUUAAUAAUCUUUCCCAAAUACUGUCAGAUUUCUAAAUACUAAGCCAAGGUUCGUUGAAAAGCAUCCAUUUUGAUUUUGUGGUAUCUUGUUUGAAUUUCUAAUGAGCAUAUUUGCAUACCCAUAUUAAUCAUUUAUAGCUCUGAGACUUUUGCACUUGCUUGUUCUUUGUCUAAAUGUACUGUAAACAGUCUAGCCGCUUUUGGCUUUCCCCGAACUGCAGCAUGUUAUAAUUCACUGUCAAGUAUUGUCUAGGAACAUAUUUCUUAAUUAAUUUGUUCGUGUUUUCAGUUAACAGUUCCCAAGUAUUUAUAAAUAAUGAGGUAUUAAAGGGGUUGAAAUGUGUGAAGCAUUGUCAUUAAUACACAAGAUAAACAUUAUUGACAUGUGGUUUGUGUACUUGUAUUUGAUGCUAUGUUUCAGAGUUAUUUAGUGCAAGGCUGGUUUCCCUUUAGCUUCUGAAGGAAAUUAGCUCAAGGAGGUACAUAAUCAUCUGGCUUCUCUUACCAAUAUAUUUAAAUCGAAUCUAGGUCAUCUUAUUAGCUUUAAUUUAAAGCUGGUCUUUCAAGUAACAUUCUAAUUAUUUGUUACUUACCUGUUAGCACACUUUAUGUGGAUUGUAGUCCAUUAAAGCCAGGGGUUUAUUUCAUGGCAGAAUUGAGCAUCUAGUGAGCUGUUUUAGAAAUUUAUAAAGGUUGAAUUAUUUUGGAAAGGUAUACAAUGAGAUUAGAGUCAAAGUCAGACAUCAACAUGCUGUAUUUAUGCAACAGAUUCAGCACUGACGGUAGUCAGCUGUGUAGACAAUUCGGAGAAAAAAGCUAAGAUGUGAAUUCAGAUUUUUGGUAAAAUGGGUCCAUUCACAUUUUGAUGUUGUUCAUUUUCCAUCAGAUAUCGCAUUUGUAUGUGUUUUUUAUUCAUUUUUAUUUCAUUUUAAUUACAUUUCAUGACUGCAUCUUGAUUUCAAAUGAACACUACAAAGCUAUUCACCCUGUGAGUCACUCUCCAAACAAAUCCUCAUUUUUCUCUGCCUUAGUGACCCUGUUUGCUGCACAGUGUUUAGGAAAGUGACCUUUCUUUGAUCGUCCACACAAGGGUGACCUACAGUAAAUGAACCAAAAGCCUUGCAUUCUUCUUUGAGGACAGAAUCUGAAACCUGCUGUUAAAUUCUGCCUCAACCUUUAACAUACACGAGUCCAUGAGUUUCAAAAAGAGAGGAGAAAGAAGACAAAAUGUUUAAGUGUUUGCCAGAAAAAACUUUUGUCAAAAAACUAGGCUGGGGUCCAAAAUCCUCGAAGUGUUUGUUAUUGUCUCCUCCCCAUCAUACUCAGUGGUGCGUUGAAUUCUCACAAGAAGAACAUCUACUACAUCAACAUCAAAAUUUACAUAGGUCUACAUUUUACAUUAUCCCAGUGGAACUCAGAAUUUUUAAAUCACAGCAGUAAAUGUUUAGUGUACAAAUUUUGUUUAAAGCAGAGAGGUUGCACAUAUUAUAAGUGAAGUCUGACUUCAGUGUCUGGCAGCAGUUGUAUUUCACAUUUACUGAAAUGGUGCUUUAAAAGAAUGAUUAAUACACACUUUUCACAUUUAUUUUAUGUUAAAAAUGACUUAAUAUGAUGGUUUCCCUAAUACUUACUGUAAAGUAUUGUGACAUGCCAUUGGACUCCUUUUCAGAUAUUUAGAGUUUCAAUGUCUUAACAAUUAUCUUAAUGAGCAUUUUCUAAUUCCUGUAAUCCUGUAAGCCAGUAUCAUCGGGUUUUAUUUUAUUAGAGAAUUGCCUUCAGCAAUCAGGUAACUUUUGGUUGGCUGAUGUUUCAUAUGUUAAAACAGAAAUUUAAAAUAGCUUUAUGCAUUCUUCAUGCCUCUGUGCACAGAAGUAAAAGAUACUUUGGUAAAUGUAUCAAAACUGCAUUACUACAGUGAUCACGCCAACAUACACGCAAAUCUUGUGCUGAAAUAUUUCCAGCCAUUGUUUUUUUUUUUUCUAAAAUUCUUAUGGUAUAAUUUAACCUAAGCAAUUAUAAGUUGCUUCAAUUUUAAGCCAAAAAAUUGUUUUCUUGUCUUGCCACUUGCACUGCCUUUUGAUGUGUAUAUUUUUGAUGCCUGUAAUCUCAAAAGUUCAUUUUUUCCUCUUCAUAGAUUUUAUAGCGAGAAUUUUUUUCCCAUUCCAUUGCAUUGAUAGUGUUGAUGCUUUGUUUGUGCCUAUUUUUGUGGAGAUUUGGUUUUCCACCAAUGCCGUAAUGAAAUAUUGUGUAAGAAUGUUAUUCAGUCAUUAAUGUGAAUGUGGUUGCAUGAAUCCAAUGUUGGACUAGUGAGCUUAUGCUGAUCAUGACUUUUGUUAACAUGAUCUACAAUACUUGCAUUUUUUUGUUAACUGAUAGUUUAGGUAAGAUUUAACACUAUCUGAAAAAGAUCAGUAGGGGGCAGGAACCCUUUGUUUUUUGAUGACCUGAGAUGAAUAUAACAACACUCUACAUCAGGGGUGAGCAAAGUCAUUCCUGGAGGGCCGCAGUGGCUGCAGGUUUUUGUUCCAACCCAGUUGCUCCAUAAGAAGUGGUUAUUGCUCAAGUAACACUUCUGCUUAAUUUUAGUUGUCUCACUCAUUACGAUUUUGAACCCUUAUUGCUUAUUUUAGUCUUAAACAGCUGUAUUCUUGGUUUUUUUAAUUACUCCUUAUUAGCAAUCAGAUGCAAAUGACAAAAGAGACCAGCAUUUCUCCAUUUAGCUUGUUACCAUUUACACCUGUGUGUGUUUAUUGUGCACUAUUUUGUUUUAAUUAAAUACUUGGAAUGAAAGUGAAAAGAAAAAAGUGAAGCACUGAGAAUUACUCAUCUGUUUUAGACUUCAAAUCAUUUGGAUGAUAUUCUUAGAAAGGAAAAAAAAUCUAGGAUAUGAGAAUUACCUGACCUAGCAGAGUUAAAGCACACUAACAGGCCCUGAAAUUAAAUAAUUGACAAGGAUUUUUUUUUUUAAUUAAGCAACUGGAUUGGUACAAAAACCUGCAGCCACUGCGGCCUUCAUGGACUGACUUUGCCCUGCUCUACAUGAUAAUACUAGGUCAUGGGCCUUUCAGGUCCCCAGGAAAUAGUCUGAGAGAUCCAUCAGAUAUAAUAACGCAAGGUGCUUGGUCAAAUGUUUUAGUGGUGUACCCCAGUGGUCCAGCAGAUAUUGUUUGUGUGGGUGGACGAGUGUGUUGUUCUGUUGUUUUGUGUGGUGGUGUUUUGUUUUUUUUCCCCAAUGAGAAAGUAGAUUACAUAUUAUUCCGUGAUAGUCACUUGCAUAGACAGUGGAAUAUAUGGUACUUGUGAUAAUUGUGUCUUUCGUGCUCCCUGAAUGUAUCACCUUUGAGUCUUUUUUUCAGUUAUGUCACGGUUCGUGUAGCUUUACUCUUCAGACCGUAUCUUUCUGUAAGGUUCCUGCUUCUGGAAAAGUGAACCUGAAGCAUGUAACGAAACUUCUGUCAGUAAUCUGCUGUUCUACAAUGUGUAAUUUGCAUGGUCAAAUCUGACUUUAGAAUACAUGACCUAGCAUUAAGCAAACAUGGAAGAAAGUAAUUAUACUGUAUGUGUGCAAUGUGAACAUGCAAUAAUAAUAUGGUAGAAUUCUCAUUCUGUAGCAUCAGCAAGCAAAUUUAGAUUUGAAAUUUGCACCUUUUGAAGCCUACCAACAUGCUUUACAUUUGAUCUUGAAGGUACUGUACAAUGGCAGUUGACUUUCCUGCAUCUUUUUUUUUUUUUUUUUUAACAACUAGAUUAAAGUUUGCCCUGAGCCGUAGUCUUUUUACAGGACCUAUUGUAUUAUGUAGCAAAAUGUUUAAAUAUUUAAUUACAUUUGCGGUGUUUUAAAAAUCCUAUUUAAUAAGAAUGUUGCAGAAGAAACAUUGAAUUUUACUCUGCACUAACGUUUUAUAUAUAUAUAUUGUGUACUAAAUGGUGAAGGUUUAAAGCUUUCCAUUUUCCUCUUUCAGUUUUACUAAUCUUCAGUGUGACCAGCAUAAUCAGUCAGAUUUGUACUGUGUGUACACAAAAUGGGUUGCAGUUUUUUGACCAGGCAUUUCCAAAAGUGUAAUUCUCAUGCUUACUGGAUGUAACUGCGUAAUUAAACUACAUCAUUGUAAUUGUACUGUCGAUAACAGUACAAGUGUCAUAACAUUUUUCCUACCUCGUGUUCAGUCGUGGCCAAAAGUUUUGAGAAUGACACAAGUAUUGGUUUUCACAAAGUGUGCUGCUUCAGUGUUUUUAGAUCUUUUUGUCAGAUGUUUUAUGGUAUACUGAAGUAUAAUUACAAGCAUUUUGUUUGUCCACCCACUUCUUGAAGAUUGACCACAAGUUCUCAAUGGGAUUAAAUUCUGGUGAGUUUCCUGGCCAUGGACCCAAAAUUUCAAUUUUUUUGUUCCCCAAGCCACAUAGUUAUCACUUUUGCCUUAAGGCAUAGUGCUCCAUCAUGCUGGAAAAGGCGUUGUUCAUCACCAAAAUGGUUGAUUAUGCAAGAAUGGACUGCCCUCAGACCCUGUGUUCAGAUUCAGCGGGUUGGAAAAUGGAUGGAUGGUUGGACUGCCCUCAGUCAGGAUUUGGCCCAGAACUUGAAUAACAGCAUAACAUGAUGAAUUGCAGAGAUCUUGAAAAGGUAGGACCAACACUGCAAAUAUUGACUCUUUGCAUAAACUUAAUGUAAUUGUCAAUAAAAGCCUUUGAAACUUAUGAAAUGCUUGUAAUUAUACUUCAGUAUUCCAUAGAAACAUCUGACAAAAAGAUCUAAAAACACUGAAUUAGCAAACUUUGUGAAAACCAAUACUUGUGUCAUUCUCAAAACAUUUUGGCCAUGACUGUACAUCAUUGUUCAUGAUAAGAGUAAGUUAGUGUCAUUCAGUGAAUUCAGCAUGCAAUAAUUAUUAAUGGAUUUUCCCAAAAAACUAUGCAAGAUAAACAAAGUAAACAAUCUUCAUUAUCUGUAUUUUGUUUCUGCCAAUAACCAGAUUGCUAUCAAAAAUUACUGUAAUGUUAGCAUACUGUAUUUCCUGAAAAAUGUAUUUUUGAAAAAUGUAUGUGUGAAUAUAACAAUUCAUUUUCUUUUAUUAAUUUAUGAUGGCAUUGAUUCAUUUGUGGAGAAUACUUGCUAAAUAUCACUUCAUGUUCUGUGUAAACGAAUAAAAAUGGUUGGCCUUGUCUUUGUCCUGCUGAAAUAGUGUCCAGUCCUGUUAUGAUUCUGUAUUUGUAACUUAUUGCAAUAAGACUUCUGACUAACCGUGUGUUCAGUGAAGUUUUCUACAACGACUACAGUCUUACUUGCAAGUGUUCCAUGCCUGUGUAAAACUUUUUAUCCAUGUUACAACUGAUGUGUGCAUUUAACAGCUCUAAUGUUAAAGAACCUUUUCCUAAUUAAAUGAAAAGUAUUGUGAAGC